AUGCCGGCGACCGUGCUGCCGGCCAUCGACGAUCCAGAGACUAGAUCGCCAGCAGAUAUGGUGGACAGUGAUCAGGACGCAGAAGGGGAAGAGGAGACCGACCUCUAUGAGAUGGACCAGCAGCUACAAAAUGCAGUCCAUCAGGCAUACUCUGGGGAGACCGCCGAGGUGGAUCAGGAUGCCGAUUACGAUGAAGACGAAGAUGCAGAGGGGGAGCCUGAUACGGAGCUAAAUAUCAACGGGGAUAAUGAUGAUGCAGAACCGGUUGGUGCCGUCAAGAUGCCUGACGCAGCUGGCUCUCUUGACAACGAUGAUGCUGCUUCUGCGGCUGCCGAUGCAGAAGAUGAUCCGGCAUUUGAGAAUCCAAGUGACAGCGAUGCACCCGCUGCCUCGUCAAGCAGUUCAGAAUCGGAGGCCGAUGAGGACUGGGAGGCAGAGAGUAAUAGCCGGGAGGAUGCGGAGGUGGAUACCACUGUUCGCGGCAAUUGCAUCUUUUGCGGUCAAGACGAGGAUAAUGAUCCCAGCGAGGAGUUCGAAGAGUAUUUAACCUGCACCGUCUGUGGUGACCAUUCUCAUCGACAAUGUGCGCGCGAACAGAAUGCACUCGAUGAGACAGAAGACGCUGGUCCAUGGAGAUGCCCUACUUGCGUUCGGGAGAAAUUGCAGCCUAGUACUGAGCAGAAUGGUACAACCCUGCGACAACCUCGUCAAAAGAAGAUGCGCAGAGAACUCUUACCGGCACACACUGGAGAGAAAGAUUCUGGGUUUCAUUCAAUUUUCAGCACCGUGGACGUCAGCGAUGAGCUCUUAACCAGCUCCAGAUCAUUGCGGAAAAGGAAAGCCUCGUCGACCGACGUGGGAGAACCCACAUCUGGACUUCGAAAAUUGCGACGGCAAUCAUCAAUGCGAUCCGCUCGGGCUGAGUCCCGAGACCAGGGUUUUGGAAAUACAGACGGUCAGUCCCCGGUGCGUACCCGUUCUCGGCGAACGCGCGGCGAGGAAAAGGAUACCUGCCGCGUGGUUUUGAGGCAAUUUGGAAGACUGGUCCUCGCUUUUCGUCUCAAUGAAAACAAAGUGUCCAAAAUUCUCAACUCUCGGAGCCGGUCACAACUCAGAGGCAGAAGAACGCCCAAGCCGCCACCAGCGGUACAAGAACCUCUAUCCCAUUUUGCUCCCAUUACACCUGCACCCUACAUUUCCCCCUUCUACUCAUUCAACGACCGCGAAACGGACGAAUCAAAGUCAAAGCCGUACGGCGGUAUACUGUCGGAAGCGGAUGCGGACACCUCAAGGACCCUGCCGACACACGCAGAUCGUGAAAAGUUCGAGAUCGCGCGACAAAAGGCCGAAGAGGAAUGGCAAAGGAAGCUCUUGGAAGCUGAAAACAGCGGAGAAGCCGUCCCGCACGCUUCCCAGAAGCUUUCGGGUCCUCCGUCCAGGAUUAAAUACAUUAACUUUGGAGGAUACGAGAUUGAGACCUGGUAUGCAGCUCCUUACCCUGAAGAAUAUAGUCGCAACCGGGUGCUCUACAUCUGCGAAUUUUGCUUGAAAUAUAUGAAUUCAGACUAUGUGGCCUGGCGGCACAAGCUGAAAUGCCCGGCAAAACAUCCCCCAGGGGAUGAAAUUUACCGAGAUGGUUCCAUCUCAAUAUUCGAGGUCGACGGGCGAAAGAACCCGGUCUACUGCCAGAAUCUUUGCUUGCUCGCCAAAUUGUUCUUGGGAUCCAAAACGCUCUACUACGACGUGGAGCCGUUCCUGUUUUAUGUCAUGACUGAAUUCGACGAUCUGGGCUGCCACUUUGUCGGCUAUUUCAGCAAGGAAAAACGGCCCAGUUCGGCAAACAAUGUUUCGUGCAUUCUCACACUGCCCAUCCAUCAAAGAAAAGGCUACGGGAAUUUGCUUAUCGACUUCUCAUACCUGCUCACUCGCAUUGAAGGUAAGACCGGCUCACCAGAGAAACCUCUUUCCGACAUGGGCCUGGUGUCCUAUCGCAACUACUGGCGAUUGAUACUGUCGUAUCAAUUACGAAACCAAAAAACUCCUAUCAGCAUCGCGGAGCUUUCAGAGCGAACAGGCAUGACGGCCGAUGAUGUGGUCUCUGGUUUGGAAGGCUUACGCGCCCUUGUCAGGGAUCCAAUUACCAAAACCUAUGCAUUGCGACUCGACUGCAAAUAUUUUGAAGAUUGUAUCCGGAACUGGGAGGAGAAAGGCUACGUCCAGCUGAACCCAGAUGCUUUGGUCUGGACACCAUACAUUAUGGGUCGUAGCAAUCAGUCACAAUUUGACCGGGCUCCAUUGCACACCGUUGCACAGAGGGAAGACCCGGAAGAGGAGGAAGGCGAAGAAGUCAAGAAGACCGAUAGUGCGGUCGUUCCAACGGCCAGCUGGACGGGACACGCCGACUCUGGGGGUCGUUCUACUGUGGCCGCUGGGCCCCCGUCAACCCAAGCGCUCUCUAACACCAGCGGUUUCCAUCACCAAGCGACUGCUACAGCGAGUUCGAGUACCUCUGCUCCCUCCAACCCCGCCGCGGGCAUUCCUCCUUCUAGAUUCGAAAUUUAUCCUCCUGUUCAAGCUCCUGUAUUCAAACGAAAGCCGGGACGACCGUUUGGCAGUAAGAGCGUGUUUAAGGGGGGCGCGACCCCCACAAGUGCCCGGACGAGUGGUCGCGGUACUCCCCGCAGAACCUCAAUGUUGGCCUCGGCGACGCCAACUUCGAAUUCAGGUAGUGUUCGGCGGGGUCGGAGCGCCAAGCUGAUGGACUCCCCUGCUCCAGAGCCGUCCAGCGCGAAGAUCAAUGGGCUUGUAAAUGGCGAGCAUCAUUUGCAAGAUGGGUCCGAAGAAGCACAAGAUACAGAGCCCCAGGAUGCCGCACCGUCCGAGCCGGAAGCAGGCACCCCAAAUCACACUAUCAAUGGGACUCGUAGUUCGGGCGCCGUUGUAGCCAAGUCAAAUGCCGAUGUCUCUCUUUCCGACGGCCCGAUUACACCCAAGGGAAGGGGAGCCGAGAACAGAGGGAAGCUAUCGCGGUCAGCGAGCCGAAAAUCGGUCGUGGAGAUCAUCCCAGAUGAUGACGCGCCUCAGGAAAACAACAUUGCCGCUACGGACGCCGAUGGCGACGCAGUCAUGCAAACAUGA